ACGGACUGAUGAAGAAAAAAAUGAAUUAGGUAUACUAGAAUUUAUGAAAAAAGGGGUGGAAUUUGAGAAAGAGAAGAGAAUCAGUGAGUUCAAAGAGUACCAAAAGAAUAAAGAAAGUGUUGAAGAGUUAAUGUGUGAUGAUAAAGUAGGGAACGAUCGAAGAAAAUUAAAUGUCUGUGAGGGUGGCGACUUAAUCACCGAGAUUUGA